ACAACAGAACAAAACAGAACAACAGCAUACGUAUACACGUGCACUAAUAACAUACUCCCUUCCUCGUCUUAUUUAUUUAUGUCAACUAUUUUAACCCCCCCGCCAACAACAAACUCUGCCCCGUCAUAUACCCCGUCCGCACGAGCAUGGUCACCACAUUGGCCACCUCGUCCGGCGUCCCCAGCCUUCCGAGCGGGAUGGACGCCGCUACCUCGGGGAUCGCGCUCGCGCCGGGGAUCAUGCCCGUGUCGCCGAUCAUGGCCGGGGCGACGUCGUUGA